AAUAGGAAAUAAAAACUAAGUUAAAAGUGGAAUACAUUCAAUAUGGGUAUAUCUUUUUGAAACGCCCAAAAUAGUAUAUGGGACUAACAAAUUGAAACGAAGAGAGUAAUAUUUUUAUUUUUAAUUUCUUAUAUGCAACCCUUAAGAAUGCAGCGUAUAUAUCAUUUUCAUUGUUUUAAAGUGGGUAAAAUUAUUUGGUUACACCAGUACAUUAAUUGCACUUCUUCCAUCCAUGCAUAUAUGUGCAGAGGGAAGAGCAAGUAGUCCACACCCUCUUAAAUGCAUUUUCUAAGUUUCAAGCCCCAUUUAAAACCUCGCUCUUUUAGUUCUCUUUCCAAUAUUACUCAUUCUCCCUCAAUUUCACACUUUUCCAAGCCCUUUUUUUUCCCAUAAAUUUCCAAGAUAUUUUUACUUCAAAUUAAAUCUCUCAAUUAUAAUGGAUGUUCACAGAAUAAGUUCUAAUUGUUCAUUACAAUUUAAUUAUCUUUGUAGAAAGGUUGUUCAUUUGUUGGAAUGUAUUCACAUUAGAGAAUUUGGGUUUCAUCAAUUUGCUUUCAAUUUGCUGAGGAAUGUUGCUUUGGCCAUUGCCACCAUCAUAUUUGCAUUUGGAGGGGUGAUAAUAGGAGGCAUUGCAGGAGCCAUAAAAGGGCAAACAACCGAGUCAGGAUUAUGUAGAGGAGCCGCAAUUGGGGUCAUGUCCGGUGCCAUUGUAGCCCUUGAGUUGCUUGAUUCACUCCUCAAUGGUCAUUUUCCGUUCAAGGUUGCUCUUUUUGGAUGCAUAUUUAAUGGCAAGGCCUUUAGGGAAUUGGUCAGCCCUGCAGUUCUUAAGGCGUACCAAUGGCAAACAAGUAUGAACGAGGGAUUAUUUGGGAAUGAAGAAGGAUCAGAUUUAUAUAACAUCGUCGAAAUUCGAGGGAUGUUCCCUGAGCAGAUCAAGAAGCUCCCUGUGAUCAAUUUCCAUAGCAAUUCAUCGAAUUCUUCCCUUCCAAUUUCACAUAAUGAUAUAUGUUGCACAAUUUGUUUACAGGACCUUGAGGAAGGCGAAAAAGCGCGAAAGCUACCAAAUUGUCAACAUUUGUUUCAUAUGAUGUGCAUAGACGAAUGGCUAGUACGAAGUACAUCAUGUCCUGUUUGUAGAAAAAAUGUUGUUGAUUCUACUCAAUAUUUGGGCUGCCGAAAUGUACUACUAGUAUAAAGUUAACUAAUAAUUGUACAAGGAAUAUGAAGAUGUAAAAAUUUGGGAUUAUAGGGCAUUUUGCUAAUUGUGGAAAUGAGUUUAUGUGAAAA